AAAACAAAAAGUCAACAUCUUACACAAGAUAGACCAUGUAUAAGAUGGGCUGAGCUUAAAAAUCAUCAUCAGUGGAGCUGAAGCAGAAUUUGUUUGAGAAUAGAAAUGGCGAAUAGCAGAGGCAAGAAAAGUGUUUUGCUACUAUGUGGAGAUUACAUGGAAGAUUAUGAGGCCAUGGUUCCGUUUCAAGCUUUACUGGCUUACGGAGUCUCCGUUCAUGCCGUCUGCCCUGGCAAAAAGGCCGGUGAUGUUUGCCGCACCGCUGUUCAUGAAGUUUCAGGCCAUCAGACAUAUUCUGAGUCACGUGGUCACAACUUUGCGCUCAAUGCAACAUUUGGUGAAAUUGAGUUCAGUGCGUAUGAUGGGUUGAUCAUUCCAGGAGGACGAGCUCCAGAGUAUCUUGCUAUGGAUGAAUCUGUUUUAGAUUUGGUGAGAAAAUUUUCCAUCUCAGGAAAGCCCAUUGCAUCCAUUUGCCAUGGGCAAUUAAUAUUGGCGGCUGCAGGCACAGUUAAAGGUCAAAAGUGCACAGCAUACCCUCCUGUGAAACCUGCUCUCAUUGAUGCAGGUGCAUCUUGGGUAGAGCCAGAAACCCUGGCUGCUUGUGUUGUUGAUGGUAAUCUUAUUACUGGGGCUACUUAUGAGGGGCAUCCUGAGUUCAUUCGGCUGUUUGUUAAAGCACUAGGUGGCACCAUAACUGGUUCAAAUAAGAGGAUCUUAUUUCUUUGUGGGGAUUAUAUGGAAGACUACGAGGUAAUUGUUCCUUUUCAGUCCCUUCAAGCACUAGAGUGCCAUGUUGAUGCAGUUUGCCCCAAGAAAAAGGCUGGUGACAAAUGCCCAACUGCUAUCCAUGAUUUUGAAGGUGACCAAACUUACAGUGAGAAGCCGGGCCAUAAUUUCACCCUUACAGCUAACUUUGAAGGUGUAAAUGCCUCAAGUUAUGAUGCUCUUGUCAUCCCUGGAGGUCGAGCGCCAGAAUAUCUGGCUCUGAAUGAAACAGUGCUUGCAUUAGUUAAGAAAUUCAUGGAAUCCAAGAAGCCAGUUGCAUCAAUUUGCCAUGGACAGCAGAUUUUAGCUGCAGCUGGUGUUCUAAAGGGAAAGAAAUGUACUGCAUACCCUGCAGUUAAGCUUAAUGUGGUGUUGGCAGGGGCAACAUGGAUAGAACCUGAUCCGAUAGACCGUUGCUUUACUGACGGGAAUUUGGUAACUGGAGCAGCAUGGCCAGGACACCCAGAAUUCAUCUCUCAGUUGAUGGGGUUGCUUGGAAUCCAGGUUGUGUUCUAGGUGGUCUUCACCGUGCUAUCAGUGUGCUUGCAUGCACAUAAGUGUUGACCAUUUGGUGUGUAAAAAUAAAUGUGUUGACCAUUUGGUGUGUAAAAAUAAAUGUUUCCAGCAUUUGAUGCUGUUUAUCCUAGAGAUGGCUUUGAAUGUUUGGGUCUAGUUGCAUUUCUGGAGUUGUGCUUUUUGGAGGAAUUUUGCUGUUUACUUUGUUAAAGAUAAUCUACCCUAAAUCUGAUCA